AUGUCCAAAGAGGGCAUGGAGAAACCGGAGAUCGAUAUAGGUUUUGGUUACGCGUUUGAUUUACUACCUUACAGCGGCUUAGAGACAAUUGAAGACCUGUUGCAAUUUGCCGGAGAGUUUCCUAAAUUAAAUGACGAGAUACAACAACUCAUAGAACACGACGCCCUGAAUCAAUACAGAUUAGGAGAGGAUAAUGAAGACAAAUACCUAAAUGCUACUCAAUUAAUGCAUAAAUAUGGUCAUGAUGCAGAAAUUCAUCAUGUUACAACUGAAGACGAAUACAAACUGACGAUGUACAGAAUUCCUGGUGAAGGAGAACCUGUCUUUAUAAUGCACGGCUUGUUGAUGAGUGCUGUAGAUUGGCUGACGGUUGGACCUAAUAAAGCUCUCCCAUACAUAAUGGCGGAGCAAGGGUACGACGUAUGGAUGGGCAACGCUCGCGGCAGCUCUGUAGACUCACGGGGCCAUGUAUACCUAUCUGCAGAAGACGAUGUUGCCCGUUACUGGGAUUUCAGCUGGGACGAAAUCGGCCGUUACGACCUGCCCGCUAUGAUCGACUAUGUACUGCAGAAAACUAAACGAGCUGCUGUCAAAUACGUAGGCCACUCACAAGGAACAACGUCAUUCUUCGUGAUGUGCUCAGAGAGACCGGAAUACAAUGAAAAAAUAUCAAUAAUGGUCGCGCUCUCACCAAUCGUGUAUAUGUCACAUAUGGAGAGCCCCCUCUGGCUCCAAGUAGCUGUGAUGCCUGCAGCGGCCACACCCUGGCAAACCGUGUCGGCGCACGGGCUAAACCUGGAUGAGGGGCUUGCUACUUCGGUGGGCAAGUUUCGUAUGCGCUUCCCUCGCGCAAAGCGCAUAAAGUCUGUUUCGGUAACAUCACACCACUGCGUUAUAAAAAUGAUGACGAUAUGCCUAAUACUUCCUUAA